UUUUGUUACUCAAAGAAUUUGUGCAGGAUGUUUAAAUUUAAUUUUAACAUUAAAGAAGAUCCCGAAGGAGUCAGCAAAGAAGAGAAAGUGAAAGAGAAGGAAGCUGCAGAAGAGUCAAGGGCAUCAGUUUUGGGAUUUGAGAAGAUCAUCCCAUUUAAACAUCCCUCUUUAGGGCAUAAGGACUAUGAUAAUUCCUUUUCCAUUUUCACUUCUCAUGACAUGGAAAUUCGUAUAUUGGACAGGGGAGUGGAAGAGGAGGAAUUAGAUAAGCAGGAAGAGACACAUUCAGAUCUCAUUCCGGGAACCUACGAAGGUGGAUUUAAAAUCUGGGAAUGUACACAGGAUCUAGCGGAUUUUCUUCAAGACAACUUAAAGGAUGAACUUGAGGGAAAGAAUGUGCUGGAUUUAGGAUGUGGAGCUGGUAUUUUAGGGAUGAUUGCCCUCAAACUCGGAGCAGCAAAAUGUCAUUUCCACGACUAUAAUAAGGAUGUUUUGGAGAAUUUCACAAUCCCCAACAUUCAUCUCAAUACCGAAGGGGAAGAGAAAAUUUCCAUUGAUAAAUGUGAAUUCAUUUCCGGGGAUUGGGAAGCUUACACCGAAGCUACAGAUGAUACGUUUGAUGUAAUCCUUACAUCUGAGACAAUUUACAAUCCUGCCAAUAAUAGGAAAUUAAUUAAUCUCUUCAUGAAGAAGCUGAAGAAAGGAGGGAAAAUUCUUCUCGCUGCAAAGACAUAUUAUUUUGGAGUUGGUGGUGGAUUGAGGCAGUUUGAGGAGCUUCUCGAUGGGAAAUUGAAGAGUGAAGUUGUGUGGAAAAAUAAGGAUGGUGUUAUGAGAGAAAUAAUAAAGAUUGAGCAUUAAAAUCUCGAAAGAAAAAGAAACUAC